UUUGAACACCAACGCAAUCCGAGAAUAAUUGCGACUUGUUCAUAUUCCUUCUCAGGAAAAUUUCAAAGCUCUCAGGCACUCAAUUGGGCAGCACUACUCCCUCCGGAAGUAAUCUCAACACCCCCUCUCGCCUACCCAAUUUUCUUAGUUAUUGAGUUGCCCAGCAUGAAGCAAACAGCUUUCCGAGUCACUCGUCAAGCUCUCAAUGGCGUCCAGAGCCGCGCCUACUCACAGUCAACCGGCCCGCGCCACUUGAUGUCCAUUGCGGACCUGAGCCCCGCUGAGUUCGCUACCCUCGUCCGCAAUGCCGCUUCGAACAAGACCGCCGUCAAGUCCGGCAAUGUCCCCCAGGCGCUCGCCACGGGCCUGACGGGCAAGUCAGUUGCUAUGUUGUUCAGCAAGCGAAGUACCCGCACUCGUGUGUCGACCGAGGCUGCUGUGGCUCUGAUGGGCGGCCAUCCCAUGUUCCUGGGCAAGGACGAUAUCCAACUCGGGGUCAAUGAGUCCCUGUACGACACCUCCAAAGUCAUUUCUUCCAUGACUUCCUGCAUGGUUGCCCGCGUUGGUCCUCACUCUGACGUCGCCGGUCUGGCCAAGGACUCGAGCGUGCCCGUAAUCAACGCCCUGUCCGAUGACUACCAUCCUCUGCAAAUCAUUGCCGAUUUCUUGACCAUCCACGAAGCUUUCCCGGCCUACACCACCUCCGACAAGGCCGAUCUUGGCCUGAAGGGACUGAAGGUCGCUUGGAUCGGUGACUCCAAUAACGUCCUCUUCGACCUGGCAAUCGGCUGCGUGAAGAUGGGUGUCGACAUCGCCGUGGCCUCCCCCGCCGGCUAUGGCAUCCCCGACGCCAUGAAGGCCGUCAUUGCCUCUGCGGCUCACGGCGUAGCCUCUCCCGGCAAGCUCACCGAGACCACCGUCCCCGAGGAAGCUAUCAAGAACGCCGACAUCUUGGUGACGGACACCUGGGUAUCUAUGGGUCAGGAGGCCGAGGCCCAGAAGCGCCUCAAGGCCUUUGCUGGCUACCAAAUCACUAAUGACCUGGCCAAGCGUGGCGGUGCCAAUGAGGGUUGGAAGUUUAUGCACUGCCUGCCCCGUCACCCCGAGGAGGUCGCCGAUGAGGUCUUCUACAGCCCUCGCUCCUUGGUCUUCCCUGAGGCGGAAAACCGUCUGUGGGCUGCUGUUUCCGCCCUUGAGGGCUUCGUUGUUAACAAGGGCAAGAUCUAAUGGCAUAUGUCUCGGCGUUCAAAAUGAUCACAGCAAUACGAAAAAAAGGCGAGGCGUUUUCUUUCUUGGCAAAC